AUGAAGAUUGCACAGGUUGGCGCGUUCGCCGCGACGGUGGCGUCGCUCUCGACGUUCACGUAUGGCUACUCAUUUGACGAUGUUCCCACGACCGAGACCGAGACAGAGAGCACUGGUUUAACUGCGAACGAGGAGAACCGCAUUUGGGGUGGAUCAGAUGGAAAUAUCGACAAGUAUCCCUUCCUUGCUGGUCUGCGCGAUUCUUUCUUUGAUGAGACCUUCUGCGCCGGCACGCUCAUCGCUCCUCAGUACAUUCUUACGGCAGGUCACUGCAUUAGAACGAACGAGAUGCAAAUAAUUGCCACUUUUGGCACAAACGACAGCACUGGUUCUGGCUCGGGUGCGGCCAUCCAAGUCCCAGUCAUUGCGGGUUUCCGUCACCCUUUGUACAAGAAGAAGGAGCACUUGUACGACGUGGGUUUGCUUAAACUGAAGAAGCCGAUCAAGCGCAAAACGGCGAAGUUGUGCGCCUCAGACGGAUCCGACAACAAAGUGGGAACAAUGGGUACCGUUCUUGGAUGGGGUAAGACACAGACCAGCGGCGAAUCGACCAGCCCUACCCUGCAGCAGAUAACGCUUCCUGUCAUCUCGAACGCUGAGUGUGGCAAGUUCAAAAAGUACGUUGGCCGUGUUACGGAAGGCAUGCUGUGCGCUGGAACAGGCAACAACAAGGACACGUGCAAUGGUGACUCCGGUGGUCCGCUUCUCGUGGACGACGACAUCCUUAUUGGCUGUGUUAGCUGGGGCAGCAAGUGCGGUCAACAGGCUGGUAUUUUCACGCGCCUCACGUACGUGAUGGACUACAUUGAGGACAUUUUGGCCGGCGGCGAUGGCAGCAAAUUCAAGGGGUCGUCGUCCGGUUCGAUGGAUGGGGUCAUACUCCCGCCGUCAUCAGACUCGUCGAGCAGCGAUGACCUAAUGUCGAUUCUCCAAGGCAGUGGAAGCAACGACCUGUCUUGGCUGCUUGAUCUGCUCAAGAGUAACUCGGGCAGCGGUAGCAACGACCUAUCGUGGCUGUUCGACAGCAACUCGGACAGUGACUCCGCCAGUGGUAGCGAGGACACUAAGGGAGGCAAGGCCACGAAGGCUCCCAUCGAGGAAUCAUCUGAAUCUGCGUCGGAGGACACGGACAUUCUUGCUACCAAGGGUAAGUCUACCAAGGCCCCCGUUGUAGAGGAUGACUCGGAUUCUGGCAGCGAUGACCUGUCGUGGCUCCUUGACAGCGACUCUGAGAGCGGUAGCGAGGAUUCAAUCCUCGUUAAGGGUGCCACUAAGGGUAAGUCUACCAAGGCCCCCGUUGUAGAGGAUGACUCGGAUUCUGGCAGCGACGACCUGUCGUGGCUCCUUGAUAGCGACUCGGAGAGCGGCAGUGAGGACCCCACACUUGUCAAGGGUGCCACCAAGGGUAAGUCUACCAAGGCGGCCUCUGCCAGCCACGACCUCGACUGGUUGUUUGCUAGCGAAUCGGAUAGCGGUAGCGAGGACGCAGUCUUGGUCAAGGGUGGCAAGACUUCAAAGAAGACGAAAUCAUCGAAGACUCUGGUUGAGGAGGACUCGGAUUCGGCAUCGGAGGACUCGGCCAUCCAAAGUGACUCUGUCCACCAGAGCGACCAGGUAACUCAGCAGUCGUUUAAGUGA